AGCCUUCGCGCAAUCAGGAGUGCCCUUUCCCUUUUUUGGCAGACCCUUUCUUUCUCUCAGAUGUCCUGCUGAACGUAACACUGCGCUAAUGAAAACACCAUUUGUAUUCUGUUACAUGACUUCAGAGAACACCAGCUGAUUAUCCGGUAAUGUUGUUGCAAAUGCAGGCCCAGCGUUAAUCGAUAUAUACACAGUCUGAUUUUAGAUUAAUGCCGAAUAGUGACGAAAGAGACCUGUGCGUGACCGAUAAUACCAGAUAUAACUAGCUCACCCUGUGAUAAUACAGGACCUAGCUUUGCGAUUUAAUAUUCGAAUUGAAGUAUAUCUCGGCCGCAAUAACUAACACUGAGAGCAGAUUGUAUCGUGAAGACAGUUGCAGUGGUUUUCAACGUAAUGUCAGUGGAACCAACAAUGGCCAGGGGAGAAGAAAAACAAUACUCAGAAUCACAGAUACCGGAAAUUCUUGAACUAUUCGGUGAUCUAGUUCAGCGCCACCAUGGGGUUAUCGUAUUGACAUUCAGCACGUUAAUUUGUUUGGUCCUCUCGGGCAUGUUCAUCCUUCGCCAAAGAAUUCGGGCGCAAGAAGAUGCUCACAAAAAUUGCAAGAAUAGGUUUGAGAUAUUUGACUCCCGUGGUACUAGUGGAUCAGUUAUCAACAAGCAGCCUAUAUCACGACCAAUUAUUUUCUCUGAAAGUGUGCCAGACUCUGCCUUAGACACUAUGGCAGAAAAAAAAGCAGAGCUAAUUCGAGCUGAAAAAUUGAUCGCGCGUAGCUUAACUGGAGGACAAAGAUCAACUGAAGCAGAAGUACAACGACAACAAUUGGAAGCCAUCUGUAAAUUAAUGGAGGAAAAUCAAGAUAAAUUCGGGGAGGCGUCUUUAGAUCAGGUCCAAUCCCAAGCUGCUUUGUAUGGCAGAUGAACCCGCGUGAACGAGACAUGCCAAUUCAAUACGUAAACACAAUUGUGAUUUGUAUAUUCUGGAUGGAAUGAUAUUCAGUUAGGGAAUACAAGGAUGGUGUUUCAUCCUAGAUAAUGUAAUCAAUGAACUGCUAAUGUAUCAACUUUAGCGAACUAUCUUGCAAAUUAAAGUAACUUAUAAUCAAUAGAAUCUAUGUGAUAUGCAUUAUAUUUCUAGCCUGUUUCUUAGUUACGAUUUUAAUGAAUGUUUAUAUUAAUUUUAUUUUCAAGCGAAGGUGUAUAAAUUAUGUGAACUUUACGCGCUUCAUUUGUGCACAAAUGUAGAAUAAAAUAAAAAUGAAAAGUGU